CUCCUGACUUUCUGACAGCAGGAGGGCAGUCGUCGAAGUCAACCGUCCGCAAUUGUCAGUCCCCACCCCUGCUUUCGACGGGAACGCGCCUCCCAUGACACACACUCUCUACUACGAACGCACACACGGACUGACCCAGCUCUGCCAGGAGCACAGUCGAAAUUCCAGGCAGGAAGUUGUGUUGUGGGACUCGGCGGAGAAAACAACCAGUUGGACGUGCGAGGAGGAUUUACAAGAACAAACGUGUUGGGGAGCGGCACUCGAACGGAAUAUACGUUACUGGAGGGAAUAUGGACUAAUGUUGGUCUCGCUCGAUGGAGGCGGCGAGAACUUUAGUGUUUCUCUGGGUUCUGGUUUUUGGAGUUACGCGAACGGCGGCCAAAGUAUGUCUGGGCACAGAUAUGAAGACAUCCCUGCUGUCCAGUCAGGAGAAUCAUCAUGAGCUGCUCAGGCUCCUCUACACGGACUGCAGCGUCAUCCAUGGCAACCUGGAGAUCACACACCUACACGGCAACCCAGACAUCUCCUUCCUACAGACCAUAGUGGAGGUGCAAGGCUAUGUGUUGGUGUAUGAUGUGUCAGUGAGUGUGAUUCCCCUGGACAGUCUACGCAUCAUCAGAGGCAGCCAGCUCUACAACAACAGCUACUCUCUGGCCGUCCUGAAUAACACACUCAGCGAACUGCGUCUGCACAGCCUCACAGAGAUCCUGCUGGGUGGGGUGGACAUCCAGAACAACCCCCUCCUCUGCUUCCCCAACCCCCAGACCAUCAACUGGGGCGACACCCUGGACAUCAACAACAAGUACAGAGACCAGCGCCUCCUGCAGACAGUACCAGCCAACUGCCCGAGCUGCUCCACUGCUUGUGGAUCAAAAGGAUGCUGGGGGGACAAGGACAAGGACUGCCAGACAUUAACUAAUGUCCAGUGUGCGGCGGGGUGUCUGCGUUGUAAGGGUCCCCACCCUAAUGACUGCUGCCACACACAGUGUGCUGCCGGCUGCACUGGACCCAAAGACACUGACUGCUUGGCGUGUCGUCACUAUAACAACAGUGGCACCUGCAAGGAGAACUGCCCCCCUCCCAUCAUCUACAACCCCAUCACCUUCCAGUCCAUGGCCAACCCCGACAAGAGGCUCAGCUUCGGGGCCACCUGUGUCAUAACCUGCCCCCAUAACUAUCUGGCCAUGGAUGCGGCCUGCACCCUCGUCUGCCCCAAGGACAACCAGGAAGUCAUCGUUACGCAUCCGGAUGGCCCUGAGACGCAGGAAUGUGAAAGAUGUGAAAAGUGCCUCAAAGUGUGCCAUGGACUGGGUAUGGGCUCUCUCCAGGGGGUGUCUGCGGUGAACUCCUCCAAUAUCGAGCUCUUCGCUGGCUGUAAGAAAAUCUACGGCAGCCUGGUCUUCCUCAACCAGUCCUUCCAAGGAGACCCAGCCUUAAACCUGUCGGGACUGACCCCAGAACAGCUGAAAGUGUUCAAGAACCUGGAAGAGAUCACAGGGUACUUAUACAUUGAGAGCUGGCCAGCAGAGAUGAAAAAUCUGAGUGUAUUUGAGAACCUGAAGUUGAUCCGUGGAAGGAUGCUUUACAAGGGGGUGCUCUCCCUGGGGGUCCAGACCCUGGAACACGUUGAGUCUCUGGGGCUGCGGUCACUCGAGCGCGUCAACGGCGGCCUGGUCCUCAUCCAUGACAACCCCCACCUGUGCUACACGCGCUCCGUGCCCUGGGACGCCAUCCUGAGAGCCACGCAGAGCACCAGCGUCAGCAUCAUCAGCAACCGCAACGGGAACACAACCAGCUGCGAGGCUGAGGGUCAUGUGUGCCACGCCCUGUGUGGGGAGGGGGGGUGUUGGGGUCACGGGCCAGACCAGUGUGUGGAGUGUGUGUCCUUUCAGCGCGGAACCGAGUGUGUGGAGGAGUGCAACAUCUUUGAAGGAUCUGUGCGGGAGUUCACUUACGAAAACCAAACUCGCUGUGUUCCCUGUCACUCAGAGUGUCAACCAAUCAAUGGUUCAGCUUCCUGUGAUGGCCCGGGGGCGCAUCAGUGCCUGGAGUGUCUGAAUGUGCAGGACGGUGCCAUGUGUGUGCCCAAAUGCCCCAGUGGCAAUAAGGAGGACCAGCACAUGGUGUGGAAGUACCCUAAUGCCACUGGGCACUGCCAGUCCUGCAACACCAACUGCACCAUGUCGUGUCCGCUGGAUGAGCGUGGCUGUCCCAUCGCAGUGAAAACCGGGGCAGGCACCUCCAUCGCAGCAGCAGUGGGUGGAGUUCUGCUCUUCUUCAUCCUGUUGGGUCUGCUGGUGUUCUACAUGCACCGCCAGAGGCACCGCAAGAAGAAGGAGAACAUGAGGAGGAUCAUGCAGGAGCAUGAGCUGGUGGAGCCUCUGACCCCGAGUGGAGCCACGCCCAACCAGGCCCAGAUGCGCAUCCUGAAGGAGACGGAGCUCAAGAAGCUCAGGGUCCUCGGCUCCGGAGCCUUUGGAACCGUCUACAAGGGAAUCUGGGCCCCAGAUGGAGAGCAUGUGAAGAUCCCAGUGGCCAUAAAGGUUUUGCGUGAGAACACCUCACCCAAGGCCAACAAAGAGAUCCUGGAUGAGGCGUAUGUGAUGGCGGGUGUUGCCAGCCUGUACGUGUGUCGUCUCCUGGGCAUCUGCCUGACGUCCACCGUGCAGCUGGUCACACAGCUCAUGCCCUACGGCUGCCUGCUGGACUACGUGCGGGAGAACCACGAGUACAUCGGCUCGCAGUCGCUCCUCACCUGGUGUGUGCAGAUCGCCAAGGGCAUGAGCUACUUGGAGGAUGUGAGGCUCGUGCACAGAGACCUGGCUGCCCGGAACGUUCUAGUAAAGAGCCCCACCAACGUUAAGAUCACAGAUUUUGGUCUGGCCAGGUUGCUGGACAUUGACGAGACGGAGUACCACGCGGAUGGAGGAAAGGUUCCCAUUAAGUGGAUGGCCUUGGAGUCCAUCCUCCACAGGAAGUUUACCCAUCAGAGUGACGUCUGGAGCUACGGUGUUACCGUGUGGGAGUUGAUGACCUUUGGAGCUAAGCCCUAUGACCAGCUUCCUGCGCGGGACAUCCCCGAGCUCCUGGAGGGGGGAGAGAGGCUCCCCCAGCCCCCCAUCUGCACCAAGGAGCUGUACAUGAUCAUGGUCAACUGCUGGAAAAUUGACCCGGAAAGCCGACCCAGGUUUAAGGAGCUGGUGACUGAAUUCGGUACAAUGGCCAAAGACCCUGCCCGCUACGUGGUCAUUCAGAACGAUGAGCAGAUGAACAUGGCGGGCCCAGUGGACAGUCAGUUCUUCCGCAGGCUGAUGGAGGAGGAGGGAGGGAACGUUCGCGAGCUGCUGGACGCUGAGGAAUACCUGGUCCCGCAGCCGGGGUUCUUCCGACCCCAGGGGGAGAACCACACCAACGGACCCAGCAGACACCACUCGCAUCGGAGCACAGAUCAGCCGCUGAUGGAGGUUGACGGCGUGCCAGGUGGGCGGAGCAUGUACUCGUCCAAUAGCACGCUGGCACGGAGCCAGUACCCAACGCUGCCGGUGGGCGCUUGGGGGGUCGGGGGGGGCAGUUGGGGGGCCCCGUACCCCUCCCUGGCCCGCAGUACCUCCCACCGCUCCCAGGGGGCGCAGUCCGACAACGUGUUCCUGGACGUGGGGGUGGACGGGGGGGAGAACGGCCCCCCUGCCAGUCCAGGGAGGUACUGCAUGGACCCCACCUUCCCCAACGGGUUCCCAGAAGGAGGAGAGGUGGAGACGGACGGAGGCCACAGCCCCUUCUCAAACACUCUGCCCCGCAGGCAACACAAGCAGCCAGAGUAUGUGAACCAGGAAGUGGAUUCGGAGCGUCCGAGCACGCUUCCCAGGAAGGGGGUGGAGUAUCGGCAGCGCAACGGGAUGUCGACGGGUCACAGCGUGGACAACCCCGAGUACCUGGUGCCGCCCGGGAGCGUCUCCCCCGCCUACGACAACCCCUACUACCUGGACCUGGUGGCCAAACAGCAGGCGGUGGCUGCCGCUAACGACCGGAGUAUGGGCGGGCUCACGCCAACCGUGUCCCCGUCCCACCGGCACCUUAACGGCUUCGUCACGCCCACCGCGGAAAACCCGGAGUACCUGGGGCUGGCGGACACCUGGAGUGGACAGAAGGAUCACACCUGAGAUUGACACACCUGGGACAACUGAGGGAGAAAGAGAUAGAGAGAGAGAGAGAGAGAGAGGGAGUGUGGGGAGGUGAAAGAGAGAGGGAAGUUGAGAGGGAGAUCUG